AUGAUAAUGUCAUUACAUCUGAAGAAUAGACUACGUCUAAUAAUACCAUCUACAACUACUACUAGUAGUAGUAAUGGUAAUGAUAAAGAUAAACCAAUAACUAAAGUAUUAAAAUCAUGUGUUAGAUGUAGACAACAUAAAACUAAAUGUGAUGCUUUAAUUACCAAUCCAUUACCUUGUUCACAUUGUGCUAAAAAGAAUAUUAAUUGUACUUUAGAUGUUAUAACAAAACAUCCUAAUAGAAUUAAUAUUAAUAAACAUAUUGAUUUAAUUGAAAAAUUAACUAAUGAAGUUGAAGAUUUAACUUAUGUUUUAGAUAAAUUAAUUGAUCGUAAAACUAAUAUGAUUCAAUUAUUAUUAGAGAGAGGUAAGGCUAUGCAACAGAUAGUACCACCACCCCGAGAACCAUCACCUAAAUUAAUCAAGAAACAAGUUAAAGCUAUUCCACAAGUAUCAACUAUUCAAUCAGUUAUACAAUCACCUGAAGAUAUUCCAUCUCCUGAAAUAUUACUAUCACCAUUUGAUCAACAACACCCAUCUACAAGUAACAAAGAUUCAUCAAAAUUUAUAUUAUCAUGUAAUAAAUCAAUUAAACCAAUAAUAUUAACUCAUAAACAAAUUCAUCGAUUAAUUACCAAUUAUGAAUCUAAUUUUAAUAAAUAUUUACCAAUAUUCCCAGAAGAAUUCUUUACCAGUUUAGAUUUGGUCCAAUUUCAUCAAGAAAAUGAAUUAUUAUUUUGGUGUAUUAUAAUGACUUCAUGUUUAAAUAAUCCUCCAAUACCAAAUAAUAAACCUUAUGAAAUUUAUCAAACUUUAGCUGAACAUAUUAAAACUUUAGUCGUACAUAAAUUAUGGUUAACUACUCCAAGAUCUUUGUAUGUUAUAUGUGCUUUGUUGAUAUUAACUACUUGGCCAAUACCCAAUCAUAAUUCUAAAAUUGCUGAUAAUUUAUCGGUGAAAUUCAUAUCUACCAUGAAAACCCUUUCAUUACAAUUUGGUUUACAUAAAUUAGAAUUUAUUGAUGAAUUUAGUCAUAAAACAAAACUAAACAUUUCUAAUGAAGUUAAUCUAAAUGAUUUAAUUCGGGAACGGAUUUAUAAAUUCAUAAAUAUAAAUUCCAAUUAUUGGUUAAUUAAUCUUGGACUCGCUAAUAACAAUUAUAAUGGAUUUACCACUCAAGAUUAUAUUAUAAAUAAAUCAUCAAAUUUAGAUAUUUUAAAUCCCGAAAUUGGUGAAUUUGAUCAUUAUAUAAAUUCAAUGUUAAAAAUAUCAAUGAUUCAAUCAAAAUUAAAUGAAAAUAUGAAUCAAUUAAUUGGUGAUACCAAUGAAUCUAUCCUUCUCCUCCCCAAUCAAUUAAAUACUUCGAAAUUAAUUAAUUUUAAUAUGUUUGAAAUUAUUUUAAAUGAUGUUGAAUCAAUGUUAUUAUGGCAUGAUCAGGUUUAUUUAUCUGAUUUAAUUCGAAUAUCGAUUGAAUAUUCAAAAUUACAAUUAUUUGUUUAUUGUUUAUCACAAUCGGAUAUUAGUUUGAUUGAAUAUAAGAAAUAUAUAA